UGGUCAGAGGGAGGGAAGACGUGAGGAGAAAAAAUCCCGUUUGAAGGCAUUCCGCAGCUCUGGUGCCCUCAUCUAUUGUACCUCAGUUAUGCAAGACGCAACAACACCUAUUGUGAGAGAAAAACCUUGAGCAGAGAGGAAAACUGUGGAGAAAGAAGCGGAGCAGAGGGGAGCACGUUGGACAGAUUGAAAGAAGGAGCGCUGCUGCAGGAUUCCCACUGUGCUGAACACGGGACUGCGUGACAGGUCUGUGCAAGGAGAGAGGGAGGAGAGAGGAGAGAGGGAGGAGAGAGGAGAGAAGGGAGGAAGGUAGGAUAGGAAGAAGGGGGAGGGGAAGGCAAUUCGGCGCAGUGCAAGCUGACUGGAUGAGUAGCAGCCGCGACACAGGCACCAGCAUCAGCAUCAGCACCCCUAGCUGUAGCAUCCUUCUGUGUGGCUGCUGGAGAAUGUCUUGUGGCUGCUGUAGCAUCACCAUCACCCACAUACACACACCAGUAUCCAGACACAGAGGUUCCCACCUCUCGCCUUACACACACACAUGAUGUGGUGGCCACCAGAGAGGAGUUAGUAAGUGACGGAGCUUGGGGGACACGGGAGGAGCAAGCAGGGGACGACUGGAGGUAGUGCAAGCCGGAGGAGGGCUGGAACGACGGCGACUGGAGCAGCAGCAGCAGCAGUAGCAGCGGCACCAUGGCACAAGCCGCCAAGCAGCUCCGCAAGACCAAGGACCUUGCAGAGGCCGCCGCCCAGGAGCAGAGGGAGAAGGAGGAGGAAAAGUUAAAAAAGAGGAAUCGAUCCAGGGACCGCAGGCGCAAGGCGGAUGCAUCCACCAGCUUCCUGCGUGCAGCUCGUUCGGGGAACGUGGACAAGGCUCAUGAUCACCUCAAGAACAGACUCGACAUCAACACAUCUAAUCAAAAUGGUCUCAACGGGUUACACCUGGCUUCUAAAGAAGGUCACGUCAAAAUGGUUCUGUCGCUGCUCCACGCUGGCAUUGAGCUGGAAGCCACCACCAAGAAAGGGAACACUGCUCUCCAUAUUGCAGCGCUGGCGGGGCAGGAGAAAGUGGUGGCUGAGCUCGUCAACUAUGGUGCCAACGUUAAUGCCCAGUCACACAAAGGGUUCAGUCCUCUCUACAUGGCAGCGCAGGAGAAUCACUUAGAGGUCGUCAAGUUCCUGCUCGAGAACGGAGCCAAUCAGAGUCUCCCGACCGAGGAUGGCUUCACUCCACUGGCCGUCGCCCUCCAGCAGGGCCACGAAAACGUUGUGGCGCUGCUCAUCAACUACGGCACCAAGGGCAAAGUCCGGCUCCCCGCACUGCACAUCGCCGCUCGAAACGACGACACGCGGACCGCCGCAGUUCUCCUGCAGAACGAUCCCAAUGCGGAUGUACUCAGCAAGACUGGUUUCACACCUCUCCAUAUCGCAGCCCACUAUGAGAACAUGAGCGUAGCCCAGCUGCUGCUGAACAGAGGAGCCAACGUAAACUUCACACCCAAGAAUGGCAUCACACCCCUUCAUAUAGCUGCCAGGAGGGGAAACGUGAUGAUGGUCAGACUGCUGCUGGACAGAGGAGCACAGAUUGAUGCCACAACAAAGGAUGAGCUGACUCCUCUCCACUGUGCAGCCAGGAAUGGUCACGUCCGCAUUAUUGAGCUCCUGCUGGAACAUGGUGCUCCCAUCCAGGCUAAAACCAAGAAUGGUCUGUCCCCCAUCCACAUGUCAGCUCAGGGGGACCACAUGGACUGUGUCAAGCAGCUGCUGCAAUACAGCGCCGAGAUUGAUGACAUCACGCUGGACCAUUUAACCCCUCUUCAUGUAGCAGCCCACUGUGGUCACCACCGCAUGGCCAAAGUCCUACUGGACAAGGGGGCCAAAGCCAAUUCACGUGCUCUGAAUGGCUUCACACCUCUCCACAUUGCUUGCAAGAAGAACCACAUGCGGUCCAUGGACCUGCUGCUGAAGCACUCCGCCUCCUUAGAAGCUGUCACCGAGUCUGGUCUCACUCCUCUUCAUGUAGCAGCUUUCAUGGGUCAUCUGAACAUCGUGAAGAACCUGCUCCAAAGAGGAGCUUCACCUAAUGCUUCCAAUGUGAAAGUGGAGACUCCCCUGCACAUGGCCGCCAGAGCAGGACACUGUGAAGUCGCUCAGUUUUUGCUGCAGAAUUCAGCGCAGGUGGAUGCGAAGGCUAAGGACGAUCAGACGCCUCUACACUGUGCCGCCCGUAUGGGCCACAAGGAGCUCGUCAAGCUGCUGCUUGAGCACAGCUCAAACCCCGACUCAGCUACAUCUGCGGGCCACACUCCCUUACACAUCGCUGCACGUGAAGGACACGUGCACACCAUUCGAAUACUGCUGGAUGCUGGAGCGCAGCAAAUCAAGAUGACGAAGAAGGGCUUCACUCCCCUCCAUGUGGCCUCGAAGUAUGGAAAGGUGGAUGUGGCAGAACUCCUUCUGGAGAGAGGAGCCAACCCAAACGCAGCCGGCAAGAACGGUCUGGCACCCCUUCAUGUGGCCGUCCAUCACAACAACCUGGAUGUUGUGAGACUUCUGGUCAGCAAGGGAGGAUCUGCACACAGCACAGCUCGAAACGGCUACACUCCCCUGCACAUAGCCGCCAAGCAGAACCAGAUGGAGGUGGCCAGUUGUCUGCUGCAGAACGGGGCUUCACCCAAUUCCGAGUCGCUCCAAGGCAUCACGCCCCUGCACCUGGCCUCACAGGAGGGACGGCCUGACAUCGUGGCUCUGCUCAUCGCCAAACAGGCCAACGUAAAUCUGGGAAACAAGAAUGGACUGACCCCUCUGCACCUCGUGGCUCAGGAGGGUCACGUGGGCAUCGCUGACACGCUGGUGAAACAGGGAGCGUCUGUUUACGCUGCUUCACGGAUGGGCUACACACCCCUUCAUGUGGCCUGUCACUAUGGCAACAUCAAGAUGGUGAAGUUCCUCCUGCAGCAGCAGGCUCAUGUGAACAGCAAGACAAGGAUGGGCUACACCCCUCUUCACCAGGCGGCUCAGCAAGGCCACACCGAUAUCGUCACCCUGCUGUUGAAAAACGGAGCCCAGCCGAAUGAGAUCACUUCGAACGGGACGUCUCCCCUGGGCAUUGCUAAGCGGCUCGGUUACAUCUCCGUCAUUGACGUGUUGAAGCUGGUUACCGAGGAGUCCGUCUCUGCGAUCACCACAGAGAAGCAUCGGAUGAGUUUUCCUGAGACGGUGGAUGAGAUACUGGAUGUCUCAGAGGAUGAAGGAGACGAGUUGCUCGGGAUGGACGGAGCUCGCUACCUAAAGCUUGAUGACUUCAAGGACCAGGACGAUGACUUCCUCUCGCCGAAGAAGACUCUGAGAGACUUUGAGGGAGGCAUGGGAACCACGCCGUAUUCUCCUGCUAUACCCAGAAUCCCUUGUGUGUCGCCAGAGACGGUUAUGUUGGAUCAGCACACUCCCAUCCCGCUGCCAAAGGAGUACGAUGACGACUCUCUCAUCCCGAGCAGUCCCGCUACAGAGACCUCAGACAAUGUCAGCCCUGUGGCCAGCCCCAUUCACACGGGCUUCCUGGUGAGUUUUAUGGUGGAUGCUCGGGGAGGCUCCAUGCGAGGCAGCAGACACCACGGCCUCAGGGUCAUCAUCCCUCCUCGGACCUGCGCCGCGCCCACGCGCAUCACGUGUCGUCUGGUCAAACCGCAGAAACUGACCACGCCUCCUCCACUGGUGGAAGGGGAGGGGCUCGCGAGCCGCAUCAUCUCCCUGGGACCGUCCAGUAUGCAGUUCCUAGGGCCUGUAAUCGUGGAGAUCCCGCACUUUGCCUCCCUGGGCCGAGGGGACCGGGAGCUCGUGGUCCUGCGCAGCGAGAACGGCUCCGUCUGGAAGGAGCAUCGCAAUCGCUAUGGCGACGAGGUGUUGGAAACUAUUCUGAACGGCAUGGAUGAAGACUUGGAGAGUCACGACGAGCUGGACAAGAAGAGAAUCCGUCGCAUCAUCUCCACCGACUUCCCGCUCUACUUCGCCGUGGUCUCCCGCAUUCAGCAGGAGAGCGACCUGAUCGGACCGGAGGGCGGCCGGCUCACCAGUAAGCUGGUGCCCCACGUCGACGCCAUCUUCCCCGAGACGGCCGUCACCAAAAGAGUGAGGCUGGGACUGCAGGCGCAGCCAAUCCCUGACGAACUGCUGACACGGCAUCUUGGCAACCAGGCGACCUUCAGCCCGGUGGUGACCAUCGAACCACGCCGACGCAAAUUCCACCGUCCAAUCGGGUUGCGCAUCCCACUGCCACCGUCCUGGAGGGAGAGCGCUCGGGAUGCAGGGGAGGGUGAUACCACCAGCUUGCGUCUGCUCUGCAGUGUCAUUGGUGGAACUGCACCAGCUCAGUGGGAGGACAUCACUGGAACCACUAAGCUGAUGUACGCUCAUAACUGUGCCAACUUUACCACCAACGUGUCUGCAAGGUUCUGGCUGGCAGACUGUCCUCGCACAGCGGAGGCCGUGACCUUUGCCAACCUGCUGUACCGGGAGUUAAUGUCCGUGCCGUACAUGGCCAAGUUUGUCAUUUUCGCCAAGAUGAACGAAGUGCGGGAGGGUCGUCUGCGCUGUUACUGCAUGACGGAUGACAAGAUGGACAAGACGCUGGAGCUGCAUGAAAACUUCAGCGAAGUGGCCCGCAGUCGCGAUAUCGAGCUGAUGGAGGGCAUGCCGCUGCACCUCGAGUGUUCUGGGAACCUCGUGCCCAUCAGGAAGGCCACGCAGCAGCCCCGCAGCUUCAGCUUCCAGGCCUUCAGGGACAACAGGCUGCCCGUCUCUGUCAAGGUCAGAGACAGCAACAAGGAGGCCGCUGGCUUUUUAUCCUUUCUGCGGAAGUGCACCAAGUACGAGGACACGCAGCACGUUCUGUGUAACCUUAACAUAACCAUGCCACCUUGUGUCAAGGUUGUUGGGAGUGAGGAGCGCAGGAGGACUCUAACCCCUCUCGCCCUGAGGGAGCGCUACAGUGCUCUGAACGAGCCGGGUGUGGCCACAGUGAAUGCCAUGGAGAGGACCGAGAUCAAAAUCAACAUCAUAUCUGAGCAGCUCGGUUUGAGUUGGGCAGAGUUGGCACGAGAGCUUCAGUUUGGCACGGACGACAUCAACAGGAUCCGUGUGGAGAAUCCCAAUUCACUGCUGGACCAGAGCUCUGCCUUGCUCAACCUGUGGGUGGGCAGAGAAGGCAAAAGGGCCAAGAUGGAGAGCCUGUACAUCGCCCUGAGGAACAUCGACCGUGCGGAUAUCGUGACGUCCCUGGAGGGACAGGCCCAGCCGCCAGCGCCUUGCUCUCUGGACGAGGGCGCCUGUCGACUCAGCGACCGCGACUCCACUCUGCUGUCGCCCAGCGUCAGCAAUGAGAUCACGGACACAAGGCCGCCGCGCCUAGUGCACAAGCCUCGAGUUAUUAGACCCCCGUUUUUCAGAAGGGGUUACAUGCUGGUGCAGGAGGAGCUUCUGUCCCCGGCCUCCAUGAUGUACAACCUGCCCUCCCCACUGGGAGUGGAGCCCUACUGGCAGGAAGUGUCCAGCCUUGAGUGUGCCCCCAUAGCCACCACAGAGGAAGACACAUUAAUGGAGAUGUCAGAUGUUCAGGUGUGGCCAGCAGGGGUCAGCCCCUCUCUGGUUACGGUGGAGGACUCAUCGCUAGACGGCAGCAGUCGGGCUGACGACUCGGAGUGCGCCACGCUGUCCCUCCCCUACAGCUUGGGUCGCCCGAGCAGUGGAGCCAGCGGGGCCAGCGGCUCCAUCAUGGAGCUGGAGGAGGAGGAGGAGGAGGAUGAUGAGGAAGGGGAGGUUGAGGAGGAGGAGGCGCCACAGGAGCCAGCGAGUGCACUGGCAGAAAGGGACAGGGUCAGGGCCAGUGGCGCCGUACCCAAGGUCAACCUAAACGGCCAGCUGGGAGGUCAGAGGUCGGAUGGGAGGAGAGGGGAGGUCCUGGCGGCAGGAGGAGGAGCAAAGGGAGGAGGUGAAAGGCUGGGUUCAGUGGAAGGGAUUUCUGUUGUUGCAGGCCAGCAGGUGUACGCCCAGCGGUGUGAGGUGUCGGGACUGAGUCGGGCCAACGAGCACAAUGGAGACAACCGGAUGGUCGGAGGCGGAGCAUUUCAACCCUAUUUACCAGACAAGGACUCGCUGCAGGGCUGGGUCGGCUCGGUGACGUCGGGACGGGACGUCAGCGUGCGCGUGGCCCAGGAGGCUCUGCUGACUCCGAAGGAGGAGAAAGAGGACUAUGCUGCUGAGGUUCAGUUUGCUGAUCAGCCCGGACAUGGGCUCGCUAGAAAAGUGGGGGUGGAUGUGAGAAAAGGUGCUCAGUCAGUGCAGCGCACCAGUCUGCGGAGAGUUAAACACUGAAAUAAACAUACUACCCAGUCCUCCAGGACAGGAAAGCCACUGCCAAAACAUCCUCCAAAAAAACACAACCCGAGCGCAGAUGGAAAUGAGCAAAUGAGGAGAGGAAGACAAAGACUGAGAAGUGCAAACUACAAAAAGACAAACACAAGAACCAUCCUCAAGGUGUGAACCUGGAAAAUCACAAAAGAAAAAAGAAGAGGAGAGAGAGAGAGAAAAAAAAGAGGAGUUCAACUUGUAGUUUUAUAAGAUUUGUAAAGAAAAAGUCAACUAGACUAAGGCAUGAUGAUUCUUCUUCUUCUUCUUUUCUACAAAAAAACAUAAAUGUCAGUAAAAUAACCGAGAAAAAAAAAAACAGCAACAAAAAGUGCUUCCUGUGAACUGUAAUCGCAUGAUGACUGCUGGUGCAUGCCCUUUGACCUUUUGAACUGUCAUUAUCUACAACCUGAAGGGGUACAAGGUUCGGGGGGGCUGGCCCACGCGUUGGGUCUCGGGCCGUUUUAAGGACCUAACUCCCCCCCCCUGACUGGAUUGUUUGUGUCAGCGAGUUGAGUACAAUAACACUGCAGCCAAAAAAAAAGUCCCUCACUGGAUGGUUCUGUAAACAGCUCCGCCUCCGCUGAGCCGACCGACGCUUCUCCCACCGGACCCUUUCCCCAAUUACUCUCAAUGUGAUAUAUGCACUCUAUGCUACGUGGACAUGUGUCGGUAUGUGUAUGUGUGCGUACGUGUGCGUGUAUUUCUUCUCUGACGCAUGUGUUCCUUGCUUGGCGCUGAGCCCCGCCCCAUGAUUGGCUUCUUUGCCCCUGUGAUGUCACUGGCGCGCUCAGUGCUGGAAUGAGAAAGCCGCUGUGCCGCCCCCUGCUCGUGAGUGUUCCUGUCUGCGUGUAGCUGACGUCUCUUUCCUUGCUUCUUGUCGGUCGUUUCUUUGGGACGUGUCUGAUCCACCUCAGUUUCGCAGCAUUGUUUUGACUUCAGUGCCGAACUGAAUCUCUCGCUCACCCCCUCCCUUCGUGUUUUCACGUUCUCAGACGACGGGAAUGUUUGCUUUGGGGAAGGGGGUUGGUUGCUUGAUUGUAUUGUGCAGCAGCUCCACAACACAAAGGUCCACUUUUGUCCCCACCCUUUUCUUCCAUCCACCUUCUUAAUCAGUAGCCUCAAUCGAUAUGCAGUAAAAUCACAGGCGUCUCCAUCAGCGGCUCCUCCAUCUCAUCUGUAAAUCUCUGUGUGCUCCUUGUUUUCUCUGCAGUGGCUGUAGCACCUCACUGUCGACCUCUCAGUAGAAAGUGGGUGAUUGAGAGAGAAAAAGAAAACAUGGAGGUUGAGAGGAUUUGGUGCUUUGAAGGAUUUAAUGUGCAACAGCAUCGUGCUGCUGCGGCAUGUGAUUGUGAACGGAACUGUGCAACGAGCAUAGACAGGUAGCACUGUGAUCGUCCUAUUACCACUGACCCCAGACUGUGAAGACACAAAAACACUCACAUACACACACAAACAAAGAAAAAGCACACAUAUGUUCCCACGUAAUGAGAAAUACAUUAUUAGGAUUAAAUGAUUAUCGCCUGGUCAGAGUGUCGGAUAGUUUCUGGAGUAUGCCACAGCAAUAAAACUGGACGGCGAGGACGCAGAAGAUGGACACCAGGGCCGCGUGUGUGUACAUGACGGAUGUGAUACUGGAAUCGUCAGUAAAAGACAGGAAACAUCUGGACAAACAGGACCGGAGUUUGGCACCGGACAGCCGCGCUGUACCUGACCAGCCCGUCGACCUUGAUGUGACAGAGUCCGAGAGGGCGCGAUGACGCAAGAUCAGAGGACUCAGCUGUAGCAGUGUGGGAACGCGGAGGCCUGAGCAGGAUUUGUUUGUUUUUCAGCACCUAACGUAGCAAAAAAAAAUAAACCAGGACAUGUCGACGUCACACAACCUGAGAGAGUCUGCUGCUGCCGAUAAGGUGGAAACCACCAACUGCAUUUUCUUUUUUCUGAGAAAUUUUAAGUUAUCUGUGUUUCACGUAUUUAAAAAAAGUCCCACUUUUUGUUCCCUUCAUCUCUGCUGGUCACUCACUUUAUGCAGAACCCGAAGGCAGCGCGAUGAAGGGGUCACAUCAUAGUAGCACACAUUUCCUGGAAUUCAAAAUCCCAAUAUUUAUCUCAUGAGUACUGUAAAACGCUACUGUAGCCUGAGUGACUGAGACACCGAAUGAUUGAACACACAUCACGUGAAUGCACGUAUUUUCCACGCCUCAUCUGAUAGAGCACAUGUUUAUUACAUAUCACACGUUUUCCACUGUUCCUCCACUCAGGUUUUCAGUUCUGCUUGGUCAGAAUCAAGAGGUUUUUGUUUUUUAGGUUCUGCGUCCUCCUCUCAGAGACUGGGACACGACGGGAGCGUUUCGGGGUCAGACUCCGCUGUUUCGGCCGUGUUUUAGCGGAGCAGGGACGCGUGGGAAGGGGUUUGAAGAGGGAUGGUUUGAAUGCGAGUUUGUGUGGGUGUGUAUGUGAGAGUUAUUCGAUUCAAAUACCAAAAAGUACACAGAGUACUCAGUGUGUGGUCAGUAACCACGUCUCUGUGCCCUGUACAUGCAAACCUGUGUGUGGAGACCCCUCCUCGUCUACUGCUCAGCUCCUGCUGAGAACAGACACUUCCGUUUGUUGAGAUCAUCCAAAUUCAUUUAAAAAAAAAAAAAUAGGAACCAAAAGUUUUAGUGUUAGUGUUAGUGAAGCAUUUCUCCCAUUUAAACAAGACAAUGUAGAAAUCUUCCAUUUGUGCAGUUUUGUGUCUGAUGAUGAAAACACAGAUCGUAAAGUGUUUUCACAGAGUUACAUUUGUUUUUACCUAAAAGAAUCAACUGUUCUCACAGAGUCAAGCCUUUACUUCUGACUGAUGUUAUAGUUUAUUUAUCCCUCAAUCACUAAAUCGAUGCACUCUACUUUAUUCUAUUGGUCUUUUACUGUGUCUUAAUCCUGAAGAUUUUCAUUUUGGAUUAAACCCUAUUAUUCAUAUAUUUAAUGACACAAAAUUUACAGAAAAUUUUUUUAGAUUUCCCCUGUGAAUCUUAUCAAUCUUCAGUUUGUUGUAGGUUCUCACACCCUUAUAACAGUGGGGAUAAUACAUGCAAGUCAUUGAAAAUUUCAAGCCAUGAUUAGCAUGAAAAUUUAAAAUGCAAAGUUGUGUAGACAAGUCUAAUAUGGUGGCAAACCCUACAAAUGGAAAAUUCAUGGUGGCUCAACAGCUUAAUUCUUUGGGGAAUGCCUUUUGCAAUAAGUGUAGCAAAUUUGAUGCUUUUAUCACAAAAUGCACACGACGACGACGAGGAUGUAGAAAGUACAAAUAUCAGAAAAUAUAACUCAACUGUUAAAAACAACAGUUUAGACUUAAAGCUUCUGCGGUGGCUAACACCCGUCAUUCCAAACCAAACCUCUAGGGCCUGUUUUAUUCACACCUGCUUGUUAUUACCACCACUAACCACAGGUGUCGCCACAGAGUCAUUAUCCUCUUGUUCAUUUUACAGUUAAAAGACCAGAUGUCGAGCGAUUUCAAAAUCAUAUAAAAAGUCCUCUAAGAAAAAAUAUGUAUAAAGCUAAUUAAUGUAAAUUGUCACGCGUUUGAAUUUGCGAGUGAAGUGAUUUGUGAUCCUCUGCACUAUGAUGAAUUUAACUCCACCAUGUUUUAGUUGUAUGGAUCCCAUGAUACGUGUGUGUGUGUGACUGUGUGUGAGACUGUGUGUGUGUGGUGCUUGGUUUUACACCUGGUUGGAUCGGAGGGUAUAGAAGAGUGAGGAUUUUUACCAGGCAUGUGACUCGAGAGGACGUGUAACCUACGACGACGUAUUUUAAAAAAGAGUAUUGUAAAAUUUUAACUGUUGCGAAGAAUAGAAGAUCACCUAUACUCCUUUAGAAUGGAUACAUGACAAUGUAAACGCAAUAUCAUAUUACUCUAUCCUAAGGAAUGCAACCGCGCACAUGCACAAAAAAAAAGAUGUUUUUAUGAAAAUAUAUGUAUAAAUAUAUGACAAAAUAUAUUUAAUUAGAAUGCUAUGCACCCUCAUAGAGUUGUUAUGGAUGUUCUUUAAGCAUUAUCUAGACUAGGCCAACGCCCAUGAUCAUGGGGAAUGUAGAGGCUUUGUAGCUAUGACCACUUGUUUUCUUUUCUUUUGUAUUGUCCUGGAAGGAGGAGAAACAAACGUGAAUAUGUAUACAAGCCUUUCAAAUCAGAGUCCUUCUGACAUGACGAUAUGUAUAGAUCAUCUUACCCUGUACACCAGCUCAAACCAUUUACAAGACUUAAUAAACAAAGAUGUGACAAAGAA